AUGAGCGAUAAGACAGUCUUAAUCACGGGUACGAAUCGAGGUAUCGGACUAGCGUUGGCCGAGCUGUACAUCGCCAAGGGGUAUACUGUCAUCAGCGCAGUUCGUAGUCCCGAAAAACAAGCUGCUCUAUCUCCUCCGGCAGGUUCAAAUGCAAGACAUCUGAUCGUUAAGCUGGACGUGGCCGAUGCGGAAUCAGUGAAAUUGGCUUUCGAUGAAAUGAAGAACAAAUUCAAAAUCGAUCGACUGGACGUCGUAAUCAAUAACGCUGCUAUCGGUGUCACCCUGAAGAAUGCCUUCCUCGUUCGAGAUGCUGAUCCGGCGCGAUAUGCAGAAGCCUUCAACAUUAAUCUUCUGGGUACCUUACAUCUCUUCACAGCAGCGUACCCUUUGCUUCCUCAAGACGGCAGGGGGAAGUUCAUUGCGAUCUCCACUCUCGCGGCUGUCCAGUCGAUGGAACAUUGGCCCAUGGGAGGCGCAUACUCGUUAAGCAAGAACGCUGUUAACUAUCUUACUCGCCAAAUCCAUUUCGAGGAGAAGAACUUGAUCACCUUCACCGUCAGUCCAGGAUGGGUUGAUACCGAUAUGGGCUAUGAAGGAGCGACAGCCUUCGGAGCAGCCGAUGGUCCACCUGAAAAGGUCUCAGUAACUGCCCCUCAAAUUGUCAAUGUCAUCGAGAAUGGGACUCGUGAACGGGAAGGGGGAAGAAUGAUCGACUACGAUGGCACAAUUUUCGACUGGUAA